AUGGAUUUAAAUAGUCUAAUAAAAAGUAAAAAGAUACAAUUGAAAAAAUGCAGAACUGUUGUAACUAACAUGGUUGGUCAAAAAUAUGAAGAGAUCAAUGGAAUAAAAAGAAAAUUGUCUCUUACAGGAACACCAUUUGUUAUAGAUGAUAGACCUGAUUUACAGGUCGCAUAUAUACUACCAGGAUUGUACGUAAGUUCUCAAGAUCCUGUUGUAAGCAAAGGAAUUUUGCAAAAACAUGAAAUUCAUCAUAUUUUAAGCAUUGGUGUUGAUGCACCAAUAAAAUUUGAUGACAUUAAAUACUAUUAUUGUGACUUGUUAGAUUUACCUGAAUCUGAUCUUUCUGUAGCAAUUAAAAAAUGCAUUAAGAUCAUAAACGAACAUCGUAAUGAAAAUAUUCUUGUACAUUGCAAUGCUGGUGUAUCUCGUUCUCCAGCAAUUGUUAUAUCUUAUAUAAUGGCUUACGAAAAAGUCUCGUACGAUGAUGCAUAUACUAAAGUAAAAAAUGUAAGAAAUUGUAUUAAACCUAAUGAAGGAUUUGUACAGCAAUUAAAAAAAUUACAGUUCUCAAAUAUAUUGUAACAAAUGAAUGAAAUGACAAUACAUUAUGUUAAAAUUUAUUCAAAGAUAUUUCUGUAAAGAAUGAAAGGAAAAAAUAACGCUGUUUUAACAAUAGAUUAAUUAUAUAUAUAUAUAUUAUUACAGUACAAUUCAUGUAUUAUGACAUAAUGUGUACAGAGAAUAUUAUUUUAUAAUUACAAUUACUUUGUAUUUAUAAUUCAUUAAAAAAGGUACAUUCAUGCACAGCAUCUAUCAAAUUUUUAGCCAAAACUAAGCAUAUUAAAAUUGCUAAUUCUGGCAUUUUUGUAUAAACCAUGCAUUAGAGAUGACAUAUAAGUCGUCGUACCAAGUAGUUUUAUAAAAAUUACUGUAAAUCUAAAAAAUAUAGAUGAAUUUCUGUAUACAUGAUAGUAUCUAUUAUUUUAUGUGUGAUAGUAGUAUAUUAUUGUACCUGUAGUACAAUAGCUAUUAUAUCGAUUAUAUAUAAUAAUGUAAUUAUUAUCAAUAUUUAUAUAAUGUAUACAUAUAUAUGUGUAUAUAUGUAUAUUUAUAUAUAUAAUUAUGUAUAAUCUAAUAUUCACAUUCCUCCAACAAUUGAAAUGAGCUGUCUUGAAGAAAAUAGACAAGGCACUUGAACCGAAUAUUUUUUUCUUAGCUAGUUGGCCUCAUAAAUAGUAGAAUGCAAAAAUUUGCACAUCAUACAGCAAACAGUAAAAUAGAAAUAAUAAAUAAAAUCAGCUAUUCAAAGAA